CCAUCACUGCUUCUCUGUUCUUUCAUGUCUUCUUUCGUUUUUAACCUAAUAAAAUUGUCUUCUUGACAAGGUCCUUUUAUUUUUAUUUUCAAUUUUGUUAGCAUCAAACAGAUCAAUAGAAAAAUAAUCGAGCCAGUUACUAUCCUCCUUUCAACCAGAAUGAUAUGAUUCAUAUUUUGUUAUGGAAAUUUUAGUUUUUAGCUUCUUUUUUUUUUUCACUUUUUCAUAAAAUUUCCUAAAAGCGAUUUCUUAUUUAGAACUAGUACUAUUUAUCAAGAUUUGGAGUGGGAGUUUUAUUUUUAUUUUUAUUUUUUUCAUUUUUUCCCUACUUCCUAUAAGCAUAGAAAGUCACUAAAUAUGUACUUUUUUUCAUGCGUGAUUCACAUUCAUAAUGCAAAAUCACGGUAAGUAAAUGCAUCUGUUUUUAGAGAAGUUUACAUCACAGAUGAGAAUAAAGUUAAAUUUGCAAAAGGUUAGGUAAAGAAUUUUGUGGAGGCUGUAUUAUUUGGAUAUGUAAUCUUUGGGUACGUGGAGUCUCAAAUUUUUGUAUGUUUUGCCACAAUCAUAGAGGCUUUCUGCUACAAUCCGUCAAUGAGGGAUAAAUUUACGACAUCAUCAGUUGGGAUAGAUGCACCUUUUAAAAGGGGACUACCAAAUCUCAUGAAUAGCCGCAAUUGUUUUAUAAACCCCAGGAGCUAAGAAGAAUAAUUAGCUGAACAGAGUGAGGUUUUUAUUGGAAAUGCCAUAAUGGAUGAAGGUCCUGAAGGGAAUAUUAAGAAAAGAAAAAGAACAAUUUUUAAUCGUUAGGUGUUAUGAAUAGAAUCCUCUAGGGGAAGCUCAGCUCUCUGUGUUGUUAAUGAAGAUUUGGCCAAACUUCCAUUUUACCCUUGCAUAUUGACAUAUUUGCGACAAAAUAACCAUGGAAGGCAUUUUUUUAAACAAUUUCAUAUCUCAUUGCAUGAAAAAGCCCAACUUCUCUGGUAAAACUCAAAUCUGAAGCUUGAAAGCAGUGUCAAUGGAAAAUAUGAAAAACCCUUUAGGAAGAAAGGAUUCAAAGGAAUGAAGAGUAAAAGUGUUUAAAGGGUUCAGAAAGUGAUGAAGAAAAAUUAUGAAAUAGAGGGAAUUCUGGGGAAGAGGUGAUGAUGGUGGUCGUAAAACUGCAAACGCCUCCAGUUUUGGGAUGGAUAGGGAAUGCUCUAAUGAUGGUGCAGUGCGAAUGUAUUCACUAUUUGAUAUCUGAUGAAAAAUCCAAACUGACCUCAAUCCAAGGUUAAUCCAAACUGACCUCAAUCCAAGGUAUAUUUUGUCUAACCUUAGAGAUUCAUCUAAUUAGUGUUUUGUUGAUCUGACAUCUAAGUAACCGUUGACUUCCCUUGAUAUUUUAGGUGAAGAAGAUAUUCUCAAGGUUAGCGAUUAUAAAUUUGUUCUAUUAAUCUAUUUGGGUUCUUAUUUCCCGUUAUGGUUUUGAUAAUUUCUAUUCAUGAUAUAUCAAAAUUUCCUUGAAAUUCUUCAAGACAAGUGAAAUGGGGAAUAAGAUUUGUUACUCUAUGUUUUUGACAACAUCUAUUCAUGAUGUUUAUCAAAAUUUUCUUGAAAAUUAGUAGUACAAAUUUUAGAACUUGUUACCAUCUCUGCCUUUACUCUUUAUGUUUACAGAUGAAAUGAAGAUGGGGAAGAAGAUUUGAGAUUUAGAAAUUUCACCAUAUUUUUAAAAUUUUUUAGCUCUUACAUUGUGCUUUCCAUGCCUAGGGAUGACUAGGGGGUGGCAAGAGGGAGAAUAAUAUUGUUCCUGGCUUCAGCUCCCUCUAACUUCUGGGGCACAAGUCCUUGUGGGAAUUUUGGUGGGGCAAAUUCUCCUACUGUUCCUAACCAUUUGGAUGAUGGGGAUCUCUUCUUUAUCAAAUACUUAAAUCAAAUACAAUAUUUUAAUAAAGUCAAGAAAAAUUACUAUUAUAUAUAAAAAAUUUUAGCUACUAACAUUUAAAUUAUUAUUACAUAUGAAAAAAAUUAAUAACUAGAUUACUUGUACAAGAAGUUAGUAAAGAGCAAUCAAUUAU